AUGUUAGCUAUUGUCUUCUUCCUAGAAACACCUGGAGCCUGCACGGUGAAAAGACUGGGCAGCAGCAACGGGAGGUUUGCAAACGCCACACUGGUGCGUCUGUCCGAGUUCCUGAGCGCCGGAUAUAAGAAAGGAGUGCGACCGGUGAAAGACUGGAGGACGUCCACCAUCGUAGCCAUUGACCUGAUGGUCUAUUCCAUCCUCAACGUGGAUGAGAAGAACCAGGUUCUGACUACCUACGUGUGGUACAGGCAGGCGUGGACAGAUGAGUUCCUGGUGUGGAAUCCAGAGGACUUCGAUGAGGUCAAACAAGUUUCCAUCCCCACGGCCAAUGUUUGGGUGCCGGACAUCCUCAUCAAUGAGUUUGUGGAUGUGGGAAAGUCUCCUGACAUCCCGUAUGUUUACGUGACACAUGAUGGACUGGUGCGGAACUACAAACCCAUCCAGGUUGUCACAGCCUGUACGCUCAACAUCUACAACUUCCCUUUCGACGUGCAGAAGUGCAGCCUGACGUUCCAGAGUUGGCUUCAUACCAUUGACGACAUCAACAUCACGUUGAUGAGAAGCCCUGAGGAGCUCCGGGAAGACAAGAGCGUCUUCAUGAACCAAGGGGAGUGGGAGCUUCUCCACAUCCUCUCCAACUACAAGAUAUUCAGCGUGGACAAUGACGACUACUACGCUGAGAUGAAGUUUCAUGUGGUGAUCCGGCGGCGGCCCCUGUUCUACACCGUGAACCUGCUGCUGCCCAGCAUCUUCCUGAUGGUGAUGGACGUGGUGGGCUUCUAUCUCCCCCCCGACAGCGGUGAGAGGGUUUCUUUCAAGAUCACCUUGCUGCUGGGAUACUCCGUCUUCCUCAUCAUUGUUUCUGACACUCUGCCCGCCACCGCCAUCGGAACCCCUCUGAUAGGUGUGUACUUUGUGGUCUGCAUGGCUCUGCUGGUGAUCAGCCUCACAGAAACGGUGCUGAUCGUGCGCCUGGUCCACAAGCAGGACCUGCAGACCCCGGUCCCUCCCUGGGUGAAGCACCUGGUCCUGGAGAGGGCCCCAGUCCUCUUCUGCAUCCAGCAGAAGCACAAACUCUGCUCCAGACUCUCGUCUCAGAGCUCAGACUUGGAGCACUACAAGGAUAGCAACUACGGGACAGCCCGGUGCACGCUUCAUCACACCUGCGAGAUCGGCAGGAGGGUGAGUCAGCAUGAGCGCGAGAGCGUCCUGCUGGGUCUGGGGCGGCCCAUCCCGAGAGACCCCACCCCCCCUGUCAUGGACAACAUCCUGCAAGAGGUGACGGCCAUCCGACGCUUCCUGGAAAAAAGGGACCGAGGCCGGGAGAUCGCCAAGGAGUGGCUGCAGGUCGGCUACGUGCUGGACGUGCUGCUCUUCAGGGUCUACUUGGUUGCCAUGGUGACCUACAGCAUCACACUCGGCACGCUGUGGUCGGUGUGGCAGGUCGCCUGA